AUGCAUAUCAUGAGUGAUGGGAUCGAAAACCGAGAUGCGCUUACGCAAGAGGAUCAUCAGGUCGCCUACGUUUUCGACCUCGAGGACGAGGAUGUGGCUCAGCAAGAACGGCCGACCAAGCGGCGGAAGAUAUCGAAGCAGACGAAGAGAAAGUCCGAUGCAACCGAAAUAGCCCCGUUGUUUGUGCCACUUCUCAACGGCACGGAGAAGUUGGAGUGUGCGCGUCUGCGGCAGCGGCUCUUCGCCGAAAGUUGGGCCGUCGUAGACGAGCGCAUACAGGGAAUACUGCGAGAUGCCAACUCGGCCACGCUGGAUCAGGUUUCAAGCUUUGUGGCUGCCGCAAAGUCAACGUGCAUGGAUCAAAUUCCAGCCGCCUUUAUCAUCACCGGACCAAAUAUUGCGUCCCAGGACCUGCUAUUUGAACAGCUGUCAGAGACGCUGCAGCGUUUGUCUGCCAGUAGGAUCGUGCGCCUUCGAUCCUCGGAGGCCAUGACGUUGAAAGCAGCUCUUAAACGGACGAUUCGAGAUGCCACGGCUUCCAAAGAUGUGGCUGUGGAUGUGGUUGACGAUGAAGAUGAGGGCGUGAGAGUUGAUUCUGGCCUUGAGGUCCGUAAGCUCCCCGCACAAAUGAGCCCUUUGACUGACCCGCCGCAGGGUCGGCGGUAUCUCGACUAUGACCUUGAAGCGCUCGAGGCGUCUCUCGGGACACAAGCGUGUGAACACGUAUUUGUCGCCUUUCAAGAUAGCGAAGGAUUCGAUAGCGGGCUCAUUUCUGACCUCAUUGCUCUUUUCCACUCAUGGCGUCCUCGCAUCCCUUUCACGCUGCUCUUUGGCAUCGCCACCUCGGUGGAGCUUCUUCAGGCCCGUCUGCUCAAAUCAGCCUGCCGCCUACUCUACGGCGGUCAGUUCGAUUGCGUUCAGACGGGAACGAUCUUGGAAACGGUCUUCAGAGGCGCCGUCGCCGCCUGCGACGUGCCACUGCGGCUGGGAGCGCCGCUGCUCCGGAGCAUGCUGGAUCGGCAGCAUGACCACAUCGCCGGCAUCCAGGCCUUCAUCAGCUCACUCAAAUACGCGUACAUGUGCCAUUUUUACGCCAAUCCGUUGAGCCUGACCAUUUACCCUGAUGCGUGGAAAGGAGACCUUGUUCAGCCGCAGCUCAUCGAAUCGCUUCGAAACGUGCCCUCAUUCCGAAGUCACGUGGAGGCGGCCGUCGAGCUCGGUGACGAGAGCUCCCUCGCUCACGCAAAGUCGCUCAUUGAAGACGACGACUACCUUCUCGCCAAAGUGCGAGACGGUGGGAAAGAACGACAACGGUGGUUUGGAAGCGCUUUGAGGUUUCUACUUAUUCUCGAGGCCGCCGGCGCGCAGCAUGGCGCGUUCUCGAGGGCCUAUGUCAGUGUCAUGGCGAAGGGUGUCCAGAUAUCGGAGCAGUCCGAAAUCGUCGGCUGCAUCCGGCGGAUGGGUGCCGAGGAGCUCGCAGCUUUCAUAGCACGCGUCGCGAGCCUGCUGAGGGAAGGCGAGGCGAGCCUCCAUCUUGACGCGUCCGAGGAAGAAGGCGACAUCGAGCUCCAGGCCGCUCUCGAAUCACGGCUCGUUGGGCUCGAGAAACUCAGAGCGACGGCGGAGAGGGAAGGUUUCGCUCUGAGGAGCAAGUACAACGGGCAGAGCAAGGUGAUGCGCACGACGGUCAUCGCCCAGCGGGUCCAGCUGAGCCAGGACUCGGCCGCCCUGCGCGACGAGGACAAGAAGUUGACGGAGAUUGUGGACGAAGUGACGGAGAUGCUCGCGACGCACUUUUCACGGCCGCACGCCAGCGACGUGCUUUUCUCCGAGUCCUGGCUCUACGACUCCAGGACGGUGGGGCGCGAAGUCUUUGUGCCCCGACCAAGGGCCGUCUUCGAGCGCUGCCUCGGCCGGCCGCACGACUACCUGGCCUGCACAUGCUGCAAGGCGGACGAGGGUGGCCUCCAGCCGACGCUUCCGGCGACGUCGAUCCUCUACCAGCUGUACCUCGAGACAGGGAGCCUGAUCAACGCGUCGGACCUGUGGUCGGCAUUCCACGCGCUCGUGAGCGGCCGCAAAGCCGACGACGAUGGGGAGGACGGCGACGAGGGCAGGACGCUCGUCGCCUUCUACCGCGGCCUUGCCGAGCUCCGGGCGCUGGGAUUUGUCAGGGCGAGCCGGAAGAAGGUUGACCACAUGGCCAAGGUGAGGUGGCUCUGA